UGCGAAGGGGAAAGAAUCCUAGACCAUCUUUAAAAAAAAAUCGUUGGGUACUCUCCUGUGAUCUAGCGCAGAAAAAAGUACUGUAGAAAGGAACGGCGCGAUGAACGACGAGAUCCAUCGUGAACGAACAUUCGGGACUAGCAACAGUGAAGAGGGGGUUGGUGGAGAUAAGAUGAAAGAAUUAUCGAGUGACAUUCAGGACACCACUAACGAACUUACAACGGAGAAAGAUUCGGACGAGGAAAUGAGCUGCGUAGAAGACGAUAGGGAUGGUGCAGAGAGAGACGAGAACGAAAACGAAGCAGACGACGAUAACGAUGGACAUAGCGCGAAAAGCAAAAACAACCCAUUGAAGCCAAAACAACGAUAUCACACACCGAAAAUCUUCCGAGACGCAAUUACCGUAUUCAUUCCUCUGGACGUGACGGCAGACCUAAAUAUCGCAAUUAAACAUACACGAGCGAAAAGAAUUUCGUCAAUCUACAAACGAUUCCCGUCACUGCAGAAAGAAGCAAAGAAACUCGACGAGAAGAAUAGUAUGAAGGACGAUGACGAUCCUAUGAUUGAUGACGAUGAAGAAGAUAAUGCAAAAGAAAAGGAAGAUAAGCAGCUUCUGAAGAAAAGGAAAAAGCUGGAGCACGUGCCCCAACCAGAGCAAUUUGGAAGCGUCCUUGAUUACCUCGAAGCGAAAUACGUAAAGGGGGUUAUGUUGGAAGAGGAGGAGGACGGUCCGAAUUUGGACGACAACAAAUCAGAGGGACAGGGAUCGGUAUAUUCGAAAGACAGCUUUUUGGACGAUACCGAUCUACAACGAGAUGUUGCAGAACAGGUGAUGGCUAGCACAACCUUGACAAAGCUUGAGCUGGAACACGAGGAUGGAGACUUUUUUGUAAACGUUGGAGCCCUGGAAGUAGAGAAUGAUGACUACGGUGAGAACUACGAUCCCCUCCAGGACAAGGAGAACAAAACUACCAAAAAGAGAAAGAAGCCGUCGGCCACCGUCGCUACCUCGAAAUCUAGCUCGAAAUCUAGUUCCAAAUCUAGCUCCAAAUCUAGCUCCAAAUCUAGCGACGUGAAAACUCCGGUGCAAAAAAGCAAGAAGGGCAAAACGGAUCAGCAGGCUAAGAAAAAGGAACCAACCUCUGCAAAGUCCAAAAAAUCCACGACUUCUAUUGCAUCCACGAAAUCAAAGAAGCCGGAAGACAAGGCCUCAAAACUGGUAGCAAAGAAGGCUAAGUCGCGCUGGGAGUCUCUAUUCAAAAAGGCUGUUGCAAUGAUCAAGAAACUAACUCCAGAAGAACUCCCGAGAAUGAAAACAAAACAAAAGGUUGCCCUCAAGUGUCCAAAAAACAAGAAACCCGGGGAUGACAUUACAUUUGCGUACGUUUCGUUCUGAUUGAGUCUGGUUUGGAACACCAUUUGUUUGCACUUUCGUCGACACAUUCUGUUGCUAACUUCAUUCCGUUUUUGCUCUUCCAUCUUGAUUCACGCCUGUAAAUAGUAACCCGCACAAUCCAGGUACGUGUUUUUUCUUUUUCUAACUCGUAGACUAGUUAAGAUUUUGAAAGCGCGAGUCUCACACUCUUUCAUUGUAAAACAGGUCAGAAAUUGCGGGUGAAAGUACCGAAAGAUUGCUUUCCGGGAGGAACAUUUAAAGUCACGGUCCCUGUGAAACACCGCCCAGGAGAUACAGAUAACGAGAAAGAUCGCAACAAACUCCCGAGAGAUCUGCAGGAAGCGCUGGAUGUAUACGGGAAGGCAUAUGACGAAUGGUGCACGGCCCAAUCCAAGGUAGAUAGUACGUUUGAGACAUUUAAAAUGAAGCAAGGCAAAUUCGACAAACUUGCCAAGCUGUUUCCCAAGGAUUUGAUUACACCCAUCGAUACGCACUAUUUGAAGCAAGUUGUCCGUCGAGCGCGCCAAAACAAGUACAAGCGCUCAAAGACUGCUGCAGCAGCUGCCGCAAAAAGCGAGAAAGAAUCUAUGAAGGAUAAAUCACCAGCAAAAAGUUUAGACGAAGAAGCGUCGGUGAAGGAAGAAAGCGACGAAGAAGAGUACGAGCAGCCACCAAAGAAGCAUAGGAUCGUAAAGAUGCCAACAACAGGUUUGAAAUACGGAAACAAAAGUUUUUCUUCCUCCGACUUUAACUGGAGUAUGUAAUAUUAUAAACGCAUUAUGGAUCU